AAUGAAAGUUGCUCUUGUUGCGGUGUGACAGCAGCUCCAUAAUAACAAAUGCAUGGUCUGAGCGUUGAAGCUGUCAGUUUAUCCAGGUGGAGAUGAUCCGCCGUGUGCUCGGGAAGACCUUGGGGUUUGUAGGCUACACCAUCCAGUAUGGCUGCAUUGCACAUUGCACCUUCGAGUACAUCGGAGAGAUUGUGGUGUGCUCCGGCCCGUCAAUGGAGCCUACCAUUGUCAACAAAGAUGUUGUUUUCUCAGAGCGAGUGACACGGCAUCUUUGCAAAAUACAAAAGGGUGAUAUUGUGAUUGCGAAAAGCCUAUUUGACCCCAAUAUGAAUAUUUGUAAAAGGGUAAUUGGGUUGGAAGGUGACAAAGUCUGCACGAGUGGUCCCUCAGAUCUUUUUAACACCCACACAUUUGUGCCAAAAGGUCAUGUAUGGCUAGAGGGCGAUAACCUCACGAACUCUACUGACUCAAGGAGCUAUGGCCCAGUUCCCUAUGCCCUCAUUCGAGGGCGUGUUUGCUUGAAGGUCUGGCCCCCAGAUGCUUUUGGAAGCCUUAGUGAAAGUCCAGCCAGACGGAUCGUUAAAGAUCAGGAUGAUGGUGGUUCACAUUGACAUGACUUUCUCUCAUUUUUAAAUAAAUUUCUAAAAGAAAAACCAUAUUGUGUGGUAAGUAAUUUUUGUCAUUUUUUUACUGUACUGACUACUUAACCAGGUAGUUAUCAUAUUUAUUUACUUUCUUUCUUUUUUUCCACACACAUCACUAAUUACUGUGAAUUGAUUUUCACUUCUGUAAUAUUAAAUACAAUCUUAGAGUGUUUACCUCUGUUUGGGUAUAUCAUCCAAAGUAUUAAAGCUUUACAUGCGGACAAUGAAUUAAAAAUCAGGAGGGAAUUUAUGCAUUCUGGUUUACUCUUGAUGUAAAACAGCUUUUAAAAUGCAACUUAACUCUAUUUUCAUUUUAGAUGCCAUUAUCCUGGAGAAUGAACUAUUCAUUUCAUGUUUACCCUUUCUUAGAGUGGCCAAACAAAAGCCCCAUUGUUUAAUUAUUUGUUAGGCUACUGAGGCAAUUGAAAAUAUGUUAACAUUUGCCAUUCAAGCAUACAAUAUUAAUAAGCACUUAGUGUGGACUUUGUUCAUCACUGAAUAGAACAAUAUAAAAAAAACUUCUGAGGUUCACUGAGUACAUUAGCUUUUAUUUUAUUUUAUUUUUUUUUAAAUCUGCGGUAAAUUAAUAAUUCUUUGGAUUUAUUUCGCUGAAUGUAUGUGCAUCAUUAUGUGCUUCUGUGUUUUCUAUUAAGUUACCAGAAGUAUUUAAUGUUGCUAUAUCACUCUUAUCUUACGUCAGUGUUUUCUGAAAAUUGGUUUAUUGGACUAAUUCAGGUUCAACAUUCAGCAGGAGCUGACUGAAGAGUUUCUGAACAGUAACAAAAAAAAAACCCUUCAUGUUUUGAUAUCAUAAUGCAUUCAUCAGUCUGCUGACUGCUGCAAAAUGUUUUUGCUGUACUGCUGCUGUCAUUUCUUAAAGGCCCUACUGCUCUUCAGAGUACAUUCACAUAGUGAGCUGCUGAAGCUCAGCUGGUCAGUCUCCAAGGCAGAGAGGGACACUUCUUCGUCCCAGCUCCCUAAGGGAAGUGUGUUCCAGGCAGCCGUGGGUCCCUGUCCAGCUGCUUCCUCUGUCUGGAGGGGGGCCAGAGGGUCAGCGACAAGGCUCCGUGUGACACUGAAUUAUCUGCCUGAGUGUGAUUGUGCCUGCUGGGAGGGAUGCUCAAGAUUGUGAGAGAGCGUGCGUGUAUGUUUGCAGCUGAGAAAAAAAAAUCUUUAUGUGGGCUUUUUGCUUCAAGCAUAUCUUUGUUUCUCAAGGUUUAAUAUUCAUCUGCUGCGUGUCAACACGGUGCCAGCGUUGGGCUGAAAUGCUGACACAAGUAGUCUUGUUGUGCAAGCUGUUCCAAAGGACUUAAGCAACGGAGACACCAAAUGGGACAAUUGGGGUGGAAAAAUGUUGGCCACAGAAUCCAAAUCCUUCAGAAGUACAGACGUGAAGUAAAAGAGCAUAUGGGUAAAGAGUGUCUCGCCUUUGGCAACGGCAGCGCUUUGUUUGUUUUUGUCUCCACAACGCAGAACAUAAAAGCUUGAAAAAGUUGAUGCUGUUUUUUCAACCAAGGCGUUUGCCAUCCUGUUCAGUGCAGCAUGCAAAAAAAUGCCAAUGAUAUUUGUCAUUUAAUACUGAUGAUUCAAAAUUGCAUAUCUGAAGAGCUUUGACUGGAAAUGUAUUUGCAUGCCAUUGCUGCAUAAAUCCAAUCGCCCUUUAAUCGC